ACUCUCUCUCUAAAACACACUUCUUCUUUCUCUCUCUAGAAACCAAAAAAAUGGAUCUGAGAACCGCCGUUGCUUUUGCAUUCAUCUGCGCCAUUGUCGCCGCCGUCGGAGCUCAAUCUCCGGCUGCAGCACCUACAAAUGCACCGCCAUCGACUGUUCAAACACCUGCUGCUACACCAGUGAGUUCACCUCCUCCGGCGAAGGCUCCUGUGGCAGCUCCGCCAACGGUUGCCGUUCCUGCUCCUGAAGUGUCUACUCCUCCGGCGGUUACACCUGUGAGUUCACCUCCUGCUGCGGUACCGGUGAGUUCUCCUCCUCCAGUGAUUGAAUCUCCACCGGCUCCUGUACCAGUCAGUUCUCCAACACCAGUGACUGCUCCAACUCCAGAAGCUUCAUCUCCGGCUCCGGCUCCAAGCAAGAAGAAGACAAAGAAGCACAAUGCACCAUCGCCGGCACCUUCCUCCGAUUCACUUGCUCCGAGUGACGCUCCUGGACCGAGUACCGAUUCUCCGUCCUCGAGUCCGUCGGCCGAUGUCGCCGAUGAGAGUGGAGCAGACAGGUUAAAGAUGGUGGUGGGAAGCUUGGUAUUGGGAUUGGUUGCUUGCAGCUGGUUCUAGAUUUUAUUUUAUUUUACAUUUUAAAUUUAUUUGAUUUAAUUUUUUAUAUCAUUUGUAUUUUUAUAUUCUUGUACUUUAUUAUAUAAAUGAGUUCACUACAUUUUUAUUUCAAUCA